CAUUCGGACAUUCUAUCUAGUUUGUGGUCAGUCAGUCUGUUUUUGAAGAGGGAAAGUGAAUAUCUCUUGUGAUUUAUUAUUCACAAUAAUUUUGCUAGUAUACUUUCAAUCGUUGUGAUUUCUCCAGAUAAUCUCUUUAUCGAGACGUUUUGGUGUAUAGUAGAUUUACAGUUUGUGGUGGCUUUGUAAGUUAAACCUUAAAAACGGCUUCUGAAAAAAUAAACGUGACUGAGCAGCCAAACUACAACACAAUGUAUCAAAACCAAGGAGGCUACCCUCAGGGUGGUUAUCCUCAAGGCGGUUACCCACAAGGAGGCUACCCGCAAGGAGGCUACCCACAAGGAGGCUACCCUCAAGGGGGUUACCCGCAAGGAGGCUAUCCGCAAGGAGGUUACCCCCCUGGUGCCGCCCCGCAACCAGGAUUCCAGGCUGGAUAUGGGGCUGGAGGCUACCCUGCGGGCUAUGGUGAGCCGACGGGGUACGUGCCACCUGGCGGCAGCGUGGGGGAGGAUGGCGAGGUCAAGGGGUUCGAUUUCACCGAGCAAACCAUCAGGAAAGCUUUCGUCAGGAAAGUGUAUGCCAUCUUGAUGUGUCAGCUGCUGAUUACGAUGAGUUUCAUCGCUCUGUUCCUGUUCCACGCGCCGACCAAAAACUGGGUUGCUAGGAACCCGGCACUAUUUUGGGUGGCGUUCGCGACGGUGUUCGUGGUGUUGAUCGUGAUGGCGUGCUGCGGCGACGUGCGGCGGAAGUCGCCCAUGAACUUCAUCUUCCUUGGCAUCUUCACCGUCGCGCAGAGCUUCUUGCUCGGCGUCGCUUCCAGCGUCUACGACGUCGACGCAGUGAUGAUGGCUGUGGGCAUCACGGCGGCGGUGUGCCUCGCGCUGACGCUGUUCGCGCUGCAGACCAAGUACGACUUCACCACCAUGGGCGGGGCGCUGCUCUGCGCCGUCGUCAUCCUCAUGAUAUUCGGUAUAAUCUGCAUCUUUAUCCCCUCGAACAAGAUCGUGACCCUCGUAUACGCGUCCCUCGGAGCUCUCAUCUUUUCCCUGUAUCUCGUUUACGACACGCAGCUCAUGCUUGGCGGGAAACACAAGUACAGCAUUUCCCCUGAAGAAUACAUUUUCGCUGCUCUUAAUCUCUACUUGGAUAUUGUCAAUAUAUUCUUGUACAUUUUGACCAUAAUCGGGGCAUCUAGGAAUUAGGAUUCGGAGUAAGGGCCGCGGUCUUUCAGUCAUACAUUGAUGGUUUUGUUAAUGCAUUUCGUUUUGUUAACGUUAGGAACGGGCAAUGGGGUGUGAACAACGUUACAAAAUGUGGAUAUGAUCAUAUAUAUGUAGGUAUUUUCGGAGCGUAAGCUAUAAGUGAGGAUUUCCCGAAAUUCUCUCGGGAAUGGGAAAAGAUGGUUUUACGUAUUCUUCGUAUGUACGAAGACGCAAGCAAAAGCUAGUUAACAGUUGAAUCGACAGAUGUUCAUUCUUUAGUUUUAGAAGGAAAUAACUGAACUGACUAUAUUAUUGUUAAAACAGCGUAAGUUUUCUUUUGUGUCUGCUCCUAUAGCAGGCAAUAUUAAGUAUUUAUUGAAUAAAAGAACAGAAAGGCUAUUCUGAAAGUGAAUGAACGAAAUGCAUUGACAUACGACGUCGAAUUGGUUUUGCGUUUUUUUUUUUAAUAUUGUCUAUGAACUGUUCAUUCCGAUGGUAUUAUAGAAGCACUUGUCGAUGGUUGAUUGUAAAUAAGACGAAAUCGGGGCAAUUACUGGUUACUUAAAGACUGGAUCGAUUUUCAUCUCGAGAAAUCGUUAAAAAACGGUACAUAGCUUUCUAGUUAUUUUUAGAGCAAGUAUUCCUUUUUAUAAGUAAUCGAGUAAUUCACAAUUAUGUACAAAAAUGAUUUAGUCAUAGGGAUUUUAAGUUAUUUUUCGAUAUGUUUGAGUAUUUUCGUAAAAUUAUGAUGUAAUUUUUAUUUUCUUAUUUAAUUUUUAUUCAACACGCUUGCUCGUAAUGGGCAGCACCAACGUCGUAAGACACGCAUUGAUAAUUAACGUCCUCAGGUUUACCCCCUACACUAAUAACUUCAACUGGAUCGCAACUAAACCUCGGUCGUUAUUCGCUAUUAAUUACAGAUUUAUUAAAAACAGUUUGAUAGAUUCUUGUAUCAAAAACUGAACCAACGUUACCGUUGUCACAACAAAUAAGUUUCAAAAGGAGCUUGAAUAAUAUAAUAUUAUACUCUUGGCCGAACAUGUAAGGUCACACAGAAUUUAUAUAUAUAUCCGUACUAACUUUUCAUGCAUUCAUGUAACCGAAACGGUAAAACAAUUUCGAGACGAUCGAGUGUCAAUUGCAAUCCAGUUACUAUUGGGAGGCUUAUUAAACCAUCAUUACUCGUAUAUACUAUACUAAAUAUACUAAUCCCCGAUUUCAUUGGUGGCGUGUGUUUCUGAGAAAUGAUAAAGUUUUAUGACAUGUAUUUAUUGUGUUUAUAAUGUCAUGUCACACUUGUAUCGAUGUGAUAAACGACCGAGUGUGGAUUGUUAUUAUUGUAAAAAGUAAUAAAACUUUGUUUUUUCA